AUGGGGAAAGCACCAUGUUGUGAUAAACAUGGAGUGAGGAGGGGAGCUUGGACUCCUGAAGAAGAUGAAGCAUUAGUUGAGUACAUUAAGAAGCAUGGCCAUGGAAGUUGGCGUACACUCCCCAAGCAAGCAGGUCUCCUUAGAUGUGGAAAAAGUUGUCGACUUCGUUGGAUAAAUUAUCUUCGCCCUGACAUAAAGCGUGGUCAAUUUACUACUGAGGAAGAAAGUACAAUUAUUCAGCUUCAUGGCAUGCUUGGAAACAGGUGGGCUGCUAUAGCAUCCCAACUUCCAGGAAGAACAGACAAUGAAAUUAAAAACUAUUGGAACACCCAACUUAAGAAGCGUCUCCCUCGGUUAGGACAUUCCCUAGGGGCACAACACCCCUCUUUCAGUCCUGAUCAUGGUGUUGUUUUAAAAUCUGAAUCUCCAUCUACACGUCACAUGGUACAAUGGGAAAGUGCAAGAGUUGAGGCAGAGGCAAGGUUGUCAAUGGAAUCAGCAUUGCUUAAUUCAUGGUCAACAAAUGAGACAUACCCGGAUUACUUUCUUCAACUUUGGCAUUCUGAAGUAGGACAGUCAUUUCGCAUGAUCAAAGGAAAAGGAGAAGUAUGUCAAAGCCCCAUCUCACAGGGAUCAUCAUCCUCAAAAUUGGAGUCAUGUUCAGAUGUCUCAUUGCAGGUCAAAAACAACACUGGAAGCAGUGCCUUUGCAAACAAGUCACCAGAACAAGCUAGUAGUUAUAAACCAAAGCUUGAAGAUGGAAAAACUGGGUCAGAUUCAGGCUAUUAUGAGUUUCUUGAUACUUCUGAUUCUGCAUUAAAUCACUUCCUAGACAUGCCUGAUGGUGAGAUAGGAUCCUUAGGACAGACUGAAAGUUUCCUCAAUACCCUUUAUGGUAGUUGUGACUAA